AUCAGUCCAGAGUUGACAGCCCUGGUGGUCCCGGGGAAGGAAGAGCCUCCUUGUCUGGGGCCUCAAGGGGUGCUGGGUCGCAUGAUGAGCCCCUUCCUGGCCUGUUUGAGCCCCGAAGGGGAUGUGGAGUUGUCUCAGUAUCUGGCAGGAUGGAGGGAACUACUCAGGUUCCUAACCCCGCUUGGCUCUGUUUUCCCCUUUGCCACCAGUGAGGCCUUCGUCAAGGUGACCACCCUCGAGGUUUGCAUACUUGGCCCAGCUGCUUUGCACUACGAGUCGCUGGCUAAUAUGGCGACGUGGGAGAGGCAAGCAGAACUACUGGAGCUACAAGGGACCGCGCCCCGGGACCAAGCCAGGGCCUCGGGUUCUCGAACGCUGCUGCUUUCGUUGCGCGCGCUGCGCUGGUCGCAGCUCUGCCUCCACAGGGUGGCGACAGGGACGCUCGGAGGUCCGGAUGCGGGCGUGCAAUGCGGGGACGCCUACAGCACCGCGCUGGCCGAGCACCACCCAUGGCUCAUCCGCCAGGCCGCCUGCCUGGCCAUCCUCGCCCUCCCGAGUCGCGGCUGCUUGCUCCAGCUGGCGUGUCCCGGAACCAGACAGGCAGAUGCGCGUGUGGCCCUGGCCCAGGCCGCCCGAGUACUGGACGACGUCUACAACCGAACCCAGAGCCUGCUGACCCGCCACUGCCUGCUCCAGCUGGCUUGA